AUGCCGCUGUGGAGGUACUUCGUCCACACGAAGCCGGAGGUGGACGACAACGACCUGCCGCUGCCGAAGCACCGCGUCUACGACGAUGACGGCAACGUGCGGCCGGCCGAGGCGACGCCGCCGCCGCCGCCGCGCGACUCCGUGAGUCUCACGAUCGCCAAGGCGAAGGCCUCGGCGAAGAAGUCGACGCCGAUGACGCCAAAGACGCGGGCGCAGCUUUUGAGGAGCGUCGGCGCAACGCCCACUGCGCCGCGGCGGCAGGCAAAAGCGCCCGCCGCCGCCGCUGCAAACUCCCCGCAGCCCAGGAAGCCCCGCAGCCGCUCCGCGUCCCGCUCACCCUCGCGCCACGCCGGGCGCACGCCAGAGAAGAGCCCCGCCACCCCGCAGCGUGAGUCCCGCUCGGCGGCCUCCGUGACGCCGCGGAAGUCGACGCCGAAGCGUGGCGGCAGUCCCGCGACGAACGGCGCGUCACCCGCAAGGUCACCAAAGCGGGGAAGUUCAAAGAAGUCGGCGUCUCCCACCAAACGCCACCCCGCGCGGUCGCCCGCAACCCGCAAGCGGGCGAGCCCAUCGAAGUCGUCGCCAAAGAAGGCGUCGGCCUCGCCGCGGAAGUCGCGCUCGAAACGCUCGCGCUCCGUGUCGGCGCGGCCAGGCGAAAAGCCGACGCCGCGGUGGACCAUCGCCGCGCUCAGGGCGUACGCCAAGGAGAACGACAUUGACGUCGCGCACGAAAAAACAAAGUCGGAAAUCCUGAGCAGGAUUGAGAGUUCCGAGGCGGAAUAG